AUGGCUCAGGCAUGCAGGCUGGGCCUGCUGCUGGCGCUGCUGUUGCCCGUGGUCGACGCCUCCUUGCCGAGCACCGUGGUCAGACUCAACAAGGCGAUGCUGAGCUACGUGUCUGAAAUGGGGAAAGGCCCCCUCCAGCAGGCCCUGCAGGUCACUGUCCCGCAUUUCCUGGACCGGAGCGGAGAGGUGCUCCAGCCCACCAGGGUCCAGAUUCUGAACGUCCAGGUGCUCCGCCUUCAGCUGAAAUUCGUUGAUGAUUUUGGGGUACGCUUGUUUGCAGCAGCCAAUUUUACUAUCAAGGUCUUUCGAGUCCCAGAGCCCCUGGAGCUGGUCCUGCCCGUGGUACUGCUGGCUGAUGCCCGUGUGGACCAGGGCUCCAUCGGGACCCCCGUGGUCAGCAUCUCCUCCUGCUUCUCACUCUUCAACAACGCCAUCGUGUUCGAUGGCAGUCACAGCGCGGCCCCUGCGCUGCUGGUCCGGGUGCAGAAACACAUCAAAGCCGUCCUGCGCAACAAGAUGUGUCUGAGCGUCUCCAACCUCGUGCAGGGCCUCAAUGUCCACCUGGGAACUUUAAUUGGCCUGAAGCCUGUGGGUCCCGAGUCCCAGAUUCGCUACUUCAUGGUCAAUAAACCCACCAUCACGAAGGACUACAUUUCCUUGGAUAUCAACGCUGUUCUCUUCCUUCUGGGCAAGCCCAUCGUCCUGCCCAUGAAUGCCACCCGCUUUAUGCUGCCAGAGCACGUGGGCACCAAUGGUGCCAUGGCAACCGUGGGCCUCUCCCAGGACCUGUUUGACUCUGCCCUCCUGCUGCUGCAGAAGGCUGGUUCCCUCAACAUGGACAUCACAGGAGAGCUGAAGUCGGAUGACAACCUGCUGACCACCUCUGUGCUGGGCCAGAUCAUCCCCGAGGUGGCCCGUCAGUUUCCUGAGCCCAUGCCCGUGGUGCUCAAGGUGCGGCUGGGUGGCACGCCCGUGGCCACACUCCAUCCCAACAAUGCUACACUGCAGCUGCAGCCCUUAGUGGAGGUCCUGGCCUCGGCCUCCAACUCGGCUUUCCACUCCCUUUUCUCCCUCGAUGUGGUGAUAAACCUUAGCCUCCAGCUCUCUGUGUCCAAGGUGAAGCUUCAGGGGACCACAUCUGUGUUGGGGGAAGUCAAGCUCACUGUGGCCUCCUCCAAUGUGGGCUUCAUUGACACGGAUCAAAUACAGGCACUCGUGGGCAACGUGUUUGAGAAGCCCCUGCUGGACCACCUCAAUGCUCUCUUGGGCAUGGGGGUUGCCCUUCCCAACGUGGUCAACCUCCACUACGUCACUCCUGAGGUCUUUGUCCACCAGGGCUACGUGGUGAUAUCCAGCGGACUCUUCUACCUAAACUGAGGCAGGACCACCGGGAGGGCUGAGUGGGCCAGCUGUUU